AUGGCAUACGUCAAGAAAUUCCGCGGAAUCCGGCGGCGGUUGCAGCGACCUCAGCCUCCGACAUCAUAUACUCACGAUUUCCGCCUAUUGCAAAAAGACAUUCUCGACAUCAGCGCUUCCUUCACCUCAUUGAACUGCACGCAAACCUGCGUUCCCUGCAGUUCGUCCGGUUCCCGAACCGCCGGAGAUUGCUCCGGCAACUCUUCUAAUUCCUGCAGUUCGGUGAACCGGAAGCUACCGCCGGCUGUUCAACCCCCGGUCGGCUCGCUCUCUUUGCCGCGAACCGACGGCCGAAAUCCGGCGAAGCUCGGGUUGAUUCCCGUGUUUUUGUCCUCCUGCAGCCACCGGUCUAUGGCCGGUUUAGGCCGGUCGAAUUUGUCGGGUCAGGCGCAAGUCGGGAAAAUCCCCUCGGAGACGACGGUUUUUGCGCUUUGCCUGUCCGGUUCGCCGUUGGCUCUCGGAUUGGCGUUUUUCGGUUCGACGGGACCGUAUUAUUUCACUCCCGGAGUUGACCUCCCUGUCGGAAAGUAUUCUAUAGGUUUGACUGGGAUAAAAGUCAACGGUAAAUCCAUAGAUUUUGAUCGGGCAUUGCUGGCCGUUGAUGAGAGGGGGAACAGUGGGGCACUAAGCACGGUUACAAAGUACACAAAAUUACACACGUCAAUUUUCACGGCGUUAACGGAGGCGUUUGUGAAGGAAGCGUUUGCGGUGAACUUAACGGUAACGGAGGCGGCGAAGCCGUUCGAGGUUUGCUACGGUGCGGACGAUGUCAGAAUGACGUCAGUAGGACCGGCGGUCCCGACCGUGGAUUUAGUGUUGGGAGAGGAUGGCGGUGUGUGGAGAAUACAUGGGGCGAAUUCAAUGGUCAGGAUCUUUCUGAUGGACGGUGUGGAUUUGUUUUGUUUGGGGUUUUUGAACGGUGGGGCCCAGGCAAGAUCGACGGGCGAGAUUGGAGAGAUUGAUCUUGAGGCUAAUAGAGUGGGGAAGUUUAAUUUCACUACAAACUUGAGUGAUUGAUAAAAUGGCUGAAAAUGGGAUUUUUUUAUGGCGUUUGUAACCCGU